UAUCGAAAGUAACUUCGGGACGUUUAUUUACAUAUUAACAUUUUAUUUAUAUCUUUAUUAUAAUGUCGAAACGUGUACAACCUGCGUGGCAAGCACCGAAGGCAGAGGAGCGGCCAAAGCUACGGCUUUACAACAGCCUGACGAGACAAAAGGAGGACUUCGUGCCGCUGGAUGGGAACAAUUUAACGUGGUAUAGCUGCGGGCCGACUGUCUACGAUGCCUCGCACAUGGGGCACGCACGAUCUUACAUUUCGUUCGACAUUCUGAGACGCAUUCUGGCCAAUUACUUUGGCUACAACAUCCACUAUGUGAUGAACAUCACGGACAUCGAUGACAAAAUCAUCAAGCGCGCCCGUCAGAACCAUCUCUUCGACGAAUAUGUCAGCGAAUCAGCGAAAUUGCCCCUCGACCAGUUGUUGGGCCAGCAGAAGGAAGUGCUUGUCCGAUUCCAGGAAACGUGCGCCAAGAACACGGAUCCUGACAAGAAGGUGAUGCUGGACAAGACUCUGCAGCGCAUGAACGAUGCCGUUGAUGCACUCACAAAGGCAGUGAGCCAUGGAGACGAAAAGGGAAUCGCAGAGAAGCGACAGAACUACCUCAACGAAGCCAAGGAUCCGAUUGCCGAGUGGCUGGAUGGCAAGAAGGGGGCUGAGAUCAAUGACAAUGCGGUCUUUGAGUCUCUGCCCCGCUACUGGGAAGACCAAUUUCACAACGACAUGAAGUCGCUAAACAUUCUCCCACCAGAUGUGCUCACGCGGGUCUCAGAGUACGUGCCACAAAUUGUGGCCUUUAUUCAGAAGAUCAUCGACAACGGCCUCGCGUAUGCAGCCAACAAUUCCGUCUACUUUGAUGUGAAUGGCUUCGACAGGAAAGAGAAGCAUCACUACGCCAAGCUGGUCCCAGAGGCGUAUGGCGACACCAAGUCCCUGCAGGAGGGUGAGGGUGAUUUGUCUGUGGCCGAGGAUCGGCUCUCGGAGAAGCGUUCGGCCAACGAUUUUGCUUUGUGGAAGGCAAGCAAGGACGGCGAACCCUGGUGGGACAGUCCCUGGGGUCGUGGUCGUCCCGGAUGGCACAUUGAAUGCUCGGCCAUGGCCUCGGACAUAUUCGGCUCGACGUUCGACAUACACACUGGAGGCGUAGAUCUAAAGUUCCCACACCACGACAACGAGUUGGCCCAGUCGGAGGCGGCAUUCAACGAGUCCGAGUGGGUCAAAUACUUUCUGCACACUGGCCAUCUAACCAUCGCCGGCUGCAAGAUGUCCAAGUCCCUUAAGAAUUUCGUCACCAUUCAAGAGGCCCUGAAAAAGCAUUCGGCAACCCAGCUGCGUCUUGCCUUCCUCCUGCACUCGUGGAAGGAUACGCUCGACUACUCGGAGAACACCAUGGAAAUGGCCACGCAAUAUGAGAAGUUCCUCAACGAGUUCUUCCUGAAUGUGAAAGAUCUGACCCGUCACGUGCUGUCUGAGGAGCCGCGACGGCAGUUUGAUGCCUGGACUGACAUUGAGGCUGCCUUGCAGAAGAAGUUUUCCAGCUCCCAGGUGCAAGUGCACGCUGCCCUUUGUGACAACGUAGACACGCGCAGCGCCCUCGACGCCAUUCGGGAACUGGUCUCCGCCUCCAAUGUGUACAUACGGGACAACAAGUCGAGACUGAACAGCCUUCUGCUGCGCAAUGUGGCCACAUACAUAACUGACUUGCUGCAUGUGUUUGGCGCCAUUUCGGGACCACGCGGUGGCAUCGGAUUCCCAGUGACGGUGAGCGGCGGAGCCGGUGCGCAGGCAGCUGGUGGCGAUCUGGAGACCACAGUGCUUCCCUAUGUCCAAUCACUGGCGGAAUUCCGCAAUUUGGUGCGUGAGCAGGCGAAAGCAUUGAAGGCAUUCGAUAUCCUGAAGCUCUGCGACGACCUGCGUGACAAUAUAUUGCCCAAUUUGGGUGUGCGACUCGAGGACAAGGACGGUGGCAAGUUUGCGGUCAAGCUGGUUGAUCGCGACUCGCUUUUGCGCGAACGGGAGGCAAAACUGGCCGCCGAAGCGGAUAAAGCAGCUGAGAAGGAACGCAAGAAGCAGGCAGCUGCCGACGCCGCAGCAGCCAAGGACGCGCAGCGUCGCCUUAAUCCCAAAGAGAUGUUCCUUGGCGAAACGGAAAAGUACUCGGCCUUUGAUGCGAAUGGCCUGCCGACUCUCGACAAGGAAGGCAAAGAGAUUAGCAAAGGUCAAGUGAAGAAGCUGCAAAAACUGCAGCAGCAACAGGAGCAACGUUACAAAGAGUAUUUGGCAUCCGCAAACGAAGCCUAGACCAUAAGAACAGAGCACCAAAAGUAUCGCCAUGAUAUUAGCUUAGCAUUUAAAAUAUUCACAGCACAACUUCAAAGCCCUAACCAUUUCGAAAGUCCGCUUAAAACGAAUCCUAUUCGUGCACUCGUGCAAGCCUUAGGCUAAUCUUCAGAAUAAAACUCGCCUUUUCUAUGA